AUGUUCAGCAUAUACGACGCAUUCAAGCGCAAAAUCGCCGAUGAGGAGAUAUCAACCCCCCUCGCUGCUAUUCUUGCACUCACAGAACUCAUAGAAAAUUCGGAUGCUGGAACGAUGUUCGAACUUGUCAAAGCUCUAAAUGACGGCGCCGAGGCCCUGAAGAAACAGGCAUCGAACACGAUCAGCGUGAACGCCGGCUGUGAACUCUUUAUUGCCUUUGUCACCCUGUUCCCUCACGAUUCAGACAAUUUUACCGACCUUAAGAAGGAGCUCAUUCGACAGGGUCAAAACUACGCGGCGGAAGCCCUUACAUAUCGCAAGAAAAUCGCAGAGCUAGCGUUCGGAUUCAUCAAGGAUGGUUCUGUGAUUCUAACCCACUCUUACUCACGCGUCGUAAUGCAAACUCUCCUCCUUGCGCACAAACGAAAGCGUUUCUCAGUUUUUGUCACAGAAGCGCGUCCUCGCGGCCUGGGAAUUAAAACAGCAGAAGCUCUUACUGCCGCAGGUGUUCCCAGCACUGUAAUUCUCGACUCCGCGGUGGCGUAUGUCAUGGACAAGGUAGAUUUCGUUCUGGUUGGGUCGGAGGCAGUAGUCGAGAGCGGCGGCCUGGUGAACGCCGUAGGCAGCAAUCAAAUCGCAAUCAUCGCCAGAGCAGCCAACAAACCCUUCUAUGCUCUUGCUGAAAGCUACAAAUUCCACCGUCUGUUUCCGCUAUCACAAUACGAUCUUCCCAGUCACAAUUCAAAAAUCCUCUCAUUUCCCAGCAUUCUUCACGCCAAUUCUUCCUCGAUGAAUACAUCAAGUCCGUCCUCGCCGUCUCAAAACGAAUCAAAUUAUCCCACCGGUGGUCAACCGGAACGCGUGCCUCUCAGAAUAACGCAAGAGCAAAUCUCGAAGAACAAUCCGGACGUUGACUAUACAAGGUCAUUGCUCUUGGCUUCUACCGCCCCCGAAAUGACCGUGCUGAUUCUCCGACGCAGGCCCGACCUCAUAUCGCUCGUGUUCUCGGAUGUGGGCAGUUUAACGCCGGAGGGCGUAAGCCAGUAUCUUGUAGGCAUGUUUGCGGGAUAA